AUAAACUUGUAUCAAUAACUACACUUAUAGUAUAAGGUAAAGGAAACAAUAUAAUGGCAUCGGUGCAACAAUUUUCCGACAAGGAGAAAGCAGCAAUCGGAGAGGCAAUGAGGGAGGCAAAAAAACAUGAAUGCAAAUGCGGCGUCGAGCCAAAAUGUCCCGGUUACGGUUAUUGGCGUUAUAAAGAAUCUCAACUCUACCGAAAUUGAGCGUUUGGGAGAAGAAUGGAGCUGGAUGGGAUUAUUCGAGGAUCUCCCUCCAAAAAAAAUUGAGAAAAAUGGUAUUGGUUCGUUUAAGCACACGGGUGGGCCUGGCCUGUACCAGUGCAGUGGCGCAUUCAAGUAUUGUUCUGUUUUGGGCCCAAAUCCUCAACUUGGAUGGAUCUUGGCUUGGGAGAAGCAUAGGAGCACAGCAAUUCCUGGAAAGGUGUACGUGGAAGCUGGGACUCUAGACAGGAUCAAUAAGCUAACGGUGAUAUACAUUAGAAAAAAACUAUAUGCAUCCGGCACUAUUAGUCGAUACUGGGAUAGCGACACAGGUGCCUCAGUCGUUGCUGAAAUCAGUGCAUGCACAAAUCCCGCCGGGGGUUUGGUAGCUAUCAGCUUUGAUCAGUCAUCAUUUAAUAAUCUGUUUUCUCUAUAAGCACCUACUCCCUCCGUCCCGGAAUACUCGACCCGGUUUGACCGGUACAGAGUUUAAGGGACUUGAAUUGACUUAUUUAAUUUAAUAGGUAGUAGUUGAUAGUGGGGUAUUAUUUUAAUGUAGUUAGUGGGAAAUGAGAGUAGGUGUUGAAUUUUUAAUUAUUUUUUGUAUGGAGUAGGGGGUAGGUGGGUUAAUAGGGAUGGAGUGAGAAAUAAUAUUAUAUUGUUAGUGUAUUUCCAUUUUUAGAAACAGGUCAAGUAUUAAGGGACGGCCCGAUAAGGAAAACAGGUCAAGUAUUCCGGGACGGAGGGAGUAUUAUUUACUACGUAUCAACCUAUUAUAUACUCGUACUACUACGUAUAAUAUGUACACUAUAUAUAUGCGGCUAGAGUGCUAGCUUUAUAUAUAUUGGAAUAAAUAAACAACGCUAUCCCCUUGGUUUUGUA